UGUUUUGCGUCCCUGAAAGGAUCCUGCCCACGAAGUCAAACACUGAUCCUCAUCAAAGUAGCCAUGUAUGUGACCAUGGCUUUCAUCAUUCUGAUGACUGUCUGUGGGAACCUGCUGGUCAUCAUCUCCAUCUCUCAUUUCAGACAGCUCCAUUCUCCAACCAACCUUCUUGUUCUGUCUUUAGCAUUCACCGACUGGUUCUUGGGGGUUUUAGUUCUGCCAUAUAGCAUGAUCAGAUCUGUGGAAAACUGUUGGUAUUUUGGAGAGACAUUUUGUAAGAUACACUCCAGCCUUGACAUCAUGCUGGGCCAUGCAUCUCUUUUGCACCUGGGUCUCAUUUCUGUUGACAGAUAUUUGGCCAUCUGUAAGCCUCUUCAGUACAGAACCUUGGUAUCUAUGCAUAAGGUAGCAGCCCUUAUUGGAAUCAGCUGGCUGAUUUCCUUUGCAUUUGGGUUUGGGGUGAUUCUCUCUAAAAUGUAUUUAGUCAAUGUGGAGGAGUUAACCUCUUGCACAGGCACCUGUUUUCAUGUUUUCAACAAACAAGGGGGGGUGAUGGCUUCUUUGGUGUCCUUCUUCAUUCCAGGCGCAUUGAUGACAGGCCUUUAUAUGAAGAUUUUCCAUGUUGCAAAAGUGCAAGCCAGAAAGAUUAACUGCAGUUUGGGAAUGACAAGAGCACAACUUAAUAAAAAUAACUGCACAUCUGAACAAAGGGAGAAGAAAGCUGCAAAGACCCUUGGCAUUGUACUGGGAUUCUUUCUCUUGUGCUGGUUGCCAUUUUUCCUGAUUAUUAUUGCUGAUCCUUUCCUUGAUUUCUCCACCCCUGCUAUUGCAUUAGAUGCUCUAUCAUGGUUGACGUACUUUAAUUCUACCUGCAACCCUCUCAUUUAUGGAUUUUUCUAUCCCUGUUUCCAAAGGGUGUUUAAAAUGAUUAUGUCAGGACAAGUUUUUCAGAAUGGCUCUUCAUUAUUAAAUAUUUAUGCAGAGAGCAACUGA